AAAAUGUUCCGAGAGAGAGAGCGAGAGCGCAUGUAGUGGUGCGCUAAUCACAGUCGCCCGUAUGCAUGCACGAUAACGGCAAAAACGAGUGCUUCUGCUAUAGCGCGUAUGACGUUGGUGCUGUGUAGAAAUAAAAAUAACAACAACAGCUAACGGGCACCCAGCAGCUUACCUAUGUCUGUACACUGCUCCGGCUGUAUAGCUGUGGCUACUGUUGGCUUUUCGGCUGUUAGAUUGCUUCGGCCUGCGAACGGGGGCAACGUCACCGCAAAGGUUCCAGUUGAAAAUGCUCCGUGCGCGCGAGAACAAACACAAUUGAAAAGCGGACGAUAGCGCGCUAAUUAAAUUUGUGUGAUUGUCUUAAUGUCUAAGCGUAACGGUUAAGAAAUUCAAAAGCGCUGUAAUAAUAUUUAUUUGGUUUAAUUAGAAAUUUUACAUUAAAAGUUUAGAAGUGAAAAUUUGUGCGAUUUUUUUGUAAAGAAGUAGAAGGAAACAAAUAGUGGAAAGUGUUUCAAGUAAUAUAAAAUUAUUGAAAAGUCAAAUGAAAUACAGUGUAACGGUAAAAAACGAAAUAUUCAUUAAUAAAUAAAAUUGUUGAGGAAAAAUCUCAUAAAUCUCGUCAAUUGUGCGCUGCGUGGAAAUUAUUGACCUCUUAAUGCAAUAACAGUACAUAUUUGAAAAAGAAGAUAAUAAUGAUAAUAGCGUAAGCUGUGCAGCGAAAUUGCUACUAAUUUUAAUUCACUUAAGGAAAUUGCUCAUACGCCGUGUAUGCUGCCGCGCUGAAGUGACUUAACGACUGCAGCGGCGACGAGCUUGCAACUUGCAACACUGCAACGGCAACGGUGACGAUGCUUAAGCCCAAGUAGCUGCGCAAUUGUGCGUUUGUGAAGAUUAGCUUAAUUUGAUUGCAGCCGGAGAGGUGGCAAACUCGCAGCAAAAUUAAUGCGAAUAAAAUUGCAAUGAUAAAAUCUAAAAAUCAUAGCAGUCGAGCAAAUGCAGUUCAGUGUAGGAAGUGAUAAUAGAUUCAAAGAAAAUUGUAAACAAAAUUAUUUAAAUAAUAAAUGAAAAGAAAUGAAAUGAAACAAAAUAUUUGACGAGCUAACCAUAGAAAAAAGUGAGUUAGAGUAACUAAAAAAUAAUAAAUAUAAAUUAAUCAAUGUAGUUAUAGCCUAAAACAAAAUAUUAAAACAUUAAUUUGUAAAUUUACGUGUUUCUGGAAAAUUAAUUAAGCACAAAAAAUAUUAAAAAAAUAAAAACAAAAUGAACAUUGAAGAAAUUAUAAAAAAUGUUAAUAAGUAAAUGCUAAAUAUAUACUAAAAAAUUAAAUAAAUACAAUAUACACUGAAAAAAAUAUACAUAGAAAUUAAAAAAAUAAACACAAUAUUUAUAAAAUAUAUGAAAAAAUACAAAAAUAUAUAUCAAUGUUAAAUGUGCUUAAAAUACUUAAAAAUAGUUGAAAAUUAAUUUAAAAUAAAAAAAAAUUAUAUCCAAAUAAAAUACACACCAACAAAGCAACGCAUUAACACAAAUUUGUAAUUUCCCCUGGUGUUUUCCAACACCCCCAUCAACUUGUUGACGUGUAUAAGUUUGUGUUCGCUACCCUUUAGCCAACAUAUUGAUAUUUGUGCGCCAUUGUGCGCGUUCGCCCAAGUAGCGACCUUCACACUCCUUUAGCUACAUCAGUGAGAUAUUUAAGAAAGUCUGCUGACUGCGCACUUUCUCUUAUUUCCAUAUUUAACAACGUGUUUUUGUGCGCGUUUAUGUGUGUGUGUGUGCGUUAGCGUAGACUAGCUCAGCAGUUUUGUAUUACAACAGUUAGUUGCUGUAAGUUUUUCGGCAACUUUUGGGCACAGCUUUGUUGUUGUAACUUCUAAUUGAAUCAUCUAGGAUGGCAUUAAACAAUUCGUAAAAGAUAAAAUAUGUCGCUUUGAUGAUUUGCACGAAGAUGAGAGACGCAUAAGUUGGAUUUACACUGUUGGCGGUUAAAUGCUACGAAAGUUGCGGGACAAUCAGCAUAUAGUUUCAAACCCCAUACCACGAUGGAUAAAAUAGUCGAAUCGAACGGUUUCAUUAUCGACUUCAACAGAAACAACUGAACAAUCCCCAAGAAUAUAUAGAAUAGCUUUGCUAAAUUUAGAAAUGUGAACUAGUUGAUGGAUAGCAAAUCCCCAAUGAGACAGUUCUUCAACGAAACACUGAGACCAGCAACUUGUAUAACAAGAAGAUUAAUUGCAACGAAUCCCAGUUCGGAAAUGCCGGUGAUUAAGUGCAAUAAAUAAAAAGGCACGACCAACAAAUGAAAUGUACGAAAAACUAACAAAGUAAUUUAGUAGGUGAAGAAAACAUAAAGCGAACAUGAAAAACAAAAACAAAACGUUAAAUCGCACAAAAACCCACCAAACAAAGCAGAAAAUCAAGCUAAAUUGAUUGAGAUGUGAGGCUGCCAUAUUUCAGUACGAAAAUAUGCGCGCAAAAUGUGUAAAUGCUACAAUUAUGAUUAAUGGCAAACAGAUUAGAAGCGACUAAUUCAGACGAUAAAACGAAAAUCAAGCCAAACAAAGGCAGGAAAAACACAAACAAGAAAAUUAUCACCAACCACUAGGGCUUAGUGUGCAGCGCGGGUUUCAUGAAGCAUGAAUCGCCGCAAAGUCAUAGAAGCCACAGAGCAAUUGCGAGCGCAAGAUAAACAAAUCCCAGUAGUAAGCGGGAGAUAAAUGGAUUUACUCAAUUUGACGCGUCAACUGAGAGCGCGGAGGGUGAAAGUACAAACAUCUGCGCGUCACAUUUACUUGCAUACAAAUAACUCGAAAAAGCUGCUGGACGACUGAGGCGAGCUUUUUUUUGUUUGGAGCGAGGAAGAGAGUACGCGCUCCGGUUGAAGAAAUCAAAAUAGAAAGUUAUAUUAAUAUAGCAAUUAACUAGUCAAGUUAGAAUUAGAAAAACGCUAGUUUUCUAAAACUUCUGUCCCAUACUACGUCCAUUCUUGCUUCUUUUCACAUUCUCAUACUAUUUUUUUACACCGGUUUUUCAUUUGAAUACUCAUACAAACCUAUUUAUAUGUUUUAUAUGGCUUCUUACACACAGUCAGACGUCCGCCAACUGCAACAACACUAUUGCGAUACAAAUACAGCUACAAAACACAAAUACACUAAAUACACGCUGCCAAAGCGUUUUGCGCUUAGCCCACAUCCAAACAGUACCACCACCACCAACAACAGCAUAAACAUACGCAGGAAAUUGCUCCUACGCGCGCAGCCUAGCCCGCGUGCACUGCGCCACACACUACAUGCCACCGUCCUGCUACUGCUCACCCUUCCGCUUGGCAACUGGCUAGCGCAGGCUUCAGCCGCCGCCACUGUCACCGCUACACAAGUGCGCCACCGCUCGCUGCCGCCGAGCAGCAAGCCUACAGAAGCAGCAUUGAGCGUCGGCGCGGGUAUUGCCUAUAACGCUCCUGACGCGGCGGCACCAGUGAGCAAUAGCGCCGACGACUUCAAUAGCAGCGCAUAUAGCGCGCACCUAAUUUCCAUAGCCGAUGUCAUCAGUCUCACGUCGACGUUAUCGAAUGUUAGCUCGAGUGUUGCGCUGAACGGCAGCAACAGCAAUAACAGCAGUAUUAACGCGAAUUAUGCGGACGCUGGUAGCGGCAGCGUUGGUGGUGGUGGCGGUGCAAGCGCCGCGCUCAUCACAGCCAGCAGCAUUUGGGAUCCCAUGGUUGGCGCACACCCCACCGACGUUAGUGCCGCCGCAACACCGCCGUCGGAGCAGGGAUCGAACGAAGAGGAGUACGGCGAGAUUGAGCUGCCGCCAUGGCAAGCGAUUGUCGUCAGUAUUGUACUGUUGCUCAUCAUCAUCGGCACCGUAAUUGGCAAUGUGCUCGUCUGUAUUGCGGUGUGUAUGGUGCGUAAAUUGCGGCGCCCCUGCAAUUAUCUGCUCGUCUCGCUGGCGCUCUCUGAUCUCUGUGUCGCGCUGCUGGUCAUGCCCAUGGCCAUGUUGUACGAGGUGUUGGACAAAUGGAAUUUCGGUCCCAUACUCUGUGACAUUUGGGUGUCGUUCGAUGUGCUCUGCUGCACUGCCUCCAUACUGAAUUUGUGCGCCAUCUCUGUGGAUCGUUACUUGGCAAUCACGAAACCGCUAGAGUAUGGCGUCAAGCGCACACCGCGUCGCAUGAUGGCAUGCGUCGCAUUGGUGUGGUUGGUGGCGGCGAGCAUUUCACUGCCGCCGCUACUCAUACUGGGUAACGAGCAUGAGGACGAGCACGGCACGCCCAUCUGUAUUGUCUGUCAGAAUUUUGCAUAUCAAAUUUAUGCAACACUCGGUUCCUUCUACAUCCCGCUCUCUGUGAUGCUCUUUGUGUACUAUCAAAUCUUCCGCGCCGCUAGGCGCAUAGUGCUCGAGGAGAAGCGCGCACAAACACAUCUACAACAUGCGCUCAACGGCACAGGUUCGCCGCCGGGCAAUACAGACUUAACGGUCAUGGGUAGCGGCAAUGGGCAGCGCCACAGCAGCUAUGGCAACACCUCGCUCACAUAUUCCACUUGCGGCGGCCUAAGCGCGCAUCACACUAGCGGCAGUGGUGGCGGCGUGAGUGGCACUAGCGGUCUACUCGGUUCGCCGCAUCAAAAGAAGCUGCGUUUCCAAUUAGCCAAAGAGAAGAAAGCUUCCACUACGCUGGGCAUUAUUAUGUCGGCAUUCACCAUUUGCUGGCUGCCAUUCUUUAUACUCGCACUGAUACGACCCUUUGUCGAAUCGGAAACGGUGCAUGUGCCGCCGUCACUCGCUUCACUCUUCCUCUGGCUGGGCUAUGCCAACUCGCUGCUCAAUCCCAUCAUUUAUGCCACACUUAAUCGGGAUUUCCGCAAACCCUUCCAGGAGAUACUCUAUUUCCGCUGCUCGAGUCUCAAUACAAUGAUGCGUGAAAACUACUAUCAGGAUCAGUAUGGUGAGCCGCCGUCGCAGCGCGUGAUGUUGGGCGAUGAGCGGCAUGGCGCGCGAGAGAGUUUCCUCUGAAAUUAGGCGGUCUAAGGGCGGCAUGCGAGUGGGCAAAUGAAGGCGUGUGGGCACUAGACUCUAUUAGUUUGACUAAAUUUAAGACUAAAUAAGUUGUUUCGUGUGUUUGCGUGUGUAUCUGUGUAUUUGUAGGUGUAUUUGUAUUCUCAGUGUUUCAAAGCGUUUUAAAGCAAAAUUGCAAGCGUUUCAAAGUGACAACUCAAAUGUAACUUAUAUGAGGCAUAUACUUUAUUGUAUAAAUUAACAAAAACAUAAAAAUAAAUUAAACAAAAAAGCUAAAAACUGAAAUAUAAACGUAGUCAUUUAGAAGAAAAGUGUGAAAAGUUGGACUAGUGAUCUAGUUAGAGCGCAAAAAGUUACUAAAAGUAGUCACAAUACAAAUAUGUAAAUAUAUAUAUAUAUAUGUACAAUUAUAGAUGUGUUUAAACAGCUGCUCUAUAUUGAACUGAAGAAAAUUUAAUUAAAUUAGCGUACACUUAAGCUCACCUAUACUUCUAAGUACCAAUGUUGUAAAAAUAAAAAAAUUCAAUCGCUGAUAUAUAUGUACGAGUAUAUGGUAAACAAGUGAAGCUGACACACUGCAAAUGCAACUACAAUUAUCUGUGGGUAUUCUUAGUGAUUGUUAGUUAAAAAAUACUAAUUUGUAGUUUUAAGGCAUUAAUGCUAAAACAUACUUACUAACUUCUGUUUAUACUGUUUGAUAGCUCAUAAGCUAAGUUGGAAGUACAUACAUAAAAAUAUUACAAUCAAGAGAAACUGAAAUUUAAAAUGUAGUACAAGUCAUCGGAUACAUAAUUACAUACAUACAUAUUAAUAUUGAACAUUUGUAAAACCCCGUAUAUUUGAAAACGAACAACUUACAUCUCUUCUUUCUCUUGCUUCUUAUUGAUUCCCAAAAUGUUCUACAAAGCCAUGUUAAAUUUGGGAAAGUGAUAGAUACCGCUUAAGUUAAAAGAGAGCAGUCCUUAGUAAUCGAUUUAUUUAUGACUCUCAACUCAGAUUUUGUUAUCUAUCCAUCCAUCUCUCUAUCUCUGUCUCUCUACUCUCAAUAGUUUGAAAAUUGUUGAGCAAUGAGCAGAAGCUCCAGAGUUAUUGUCUACUGUGGAUAGUCCCUUUUUCUCAGAGAGAGUAAUAGUCAGAUUCGUCCCGAGAAAAUUAUUGAAGACUAAAACUUCUCUAUAAAAUCCAAAGAAGAGGCGUGUCAAGAACUGUGGUAGCCAUUCCCAUAGACUUUGAUUUUUUCUCUCAAUUAACUACUUUAUUCAAAUAGAAUCAAUCUUUAAAAUCAUUUGGAACAUUUCUUGUAAGAGAAAAGAAAGAUAUUACGGAUAGAGUCCAGGGUAGAUAGACUUACCUAUACGAUAAUAAAGUGUUCCUAUUUCAGGUCGAAAUUUUUUGAUAUGUCGAUUGAAGGUUCAAACAAUAACUAAGUAAAACUUGAGUUCGAUACAAUUUUCCAAGAAAGAACACUAUCCGUCGAACCUCGCCAUUAAUAACGAACUUGCGAGUAUAAAAAUUCCCUAAAAAAUAAUUAGCUUUUCUCGCAGAGCUUGAAACUUGUUGGACACAUGCCACAAUUACGAGUCGAGUGAAACGGUUUGCUCUGUGAAAGAAGUCAUCUAUUUCUACCAUAAUUUUCGAUUGGUGAAUGCUAUUAAUGUUAUGAGCUGAAUAUUUUUAAUAUUAAAUCAUUUCGCAAAUUUCUAUUUUGCAAUUAACUAAUGACCAAAGUUCCUCAUUCGGGACUUUUCCACGAAAUGUCAGUCUGUUAUGAUUAUGUAAAUAAUUGUCUGGAUUUAUUUCAAGAAGAACAAGUGGCAUAAAGGCAUCUAAUCAAAAAACCGGAACUAGUAAUAUAGAUUGAUUAACCGAUUCUAUAGUUUUGGGAAAGCUUACCAUAGAGACGAUUAUUUUGAAAGUUUCUUUUUCAAUUACUACUUUCUCAAUUUCUAAAUUGCAGUACAGUUAAGACACUCGGUUAUUAACAAGAAAUCUUACACAAUGAAGCAUAAUUACUGAUAGUUCAUAUACAAUAAAUUUAAUUUUUUGUUAUAUCCAUUUCACGCUCAUGCUCAUCCACAAAAAUCAAAGCAAUUUCAUAAGUAUUUUUAUAUUUUAAGAAAUAAAUUACUUAUGUAAUUAGAAGUUAAAAGCAAACAUAAAAAAGUAUAAUUGUAAAAUAUUAGAAAAAUUGCUGAAGCUGCUGAAAUUAAAUUACAAAAUAUUUUUCUAUAUUUUUUUGUACCCAAAUUGUUGGAGGAUUUUUAUUAGCUAACGGUAAAGUAAAAAAAAAUAUAUAUAUUUGCUUAUUUAAGUUUUUAAUAUUUUUUUAAAUUUAUUUUUUAAAUUUUAUUUUUAAAGUUUUUUUUUCCUACUUAUUCUAUUACUACUUAUCUAAAUUGUAUUGGCAUUUAUAAUUCAUUUGUCAUAAAAGUGCAUACUAGUUAAUUAUACAUGAGGAGCAUAAGUAAACCAAGCCAAAUAAAGUAAAUUUUAACCAAACCUAGAUGUGUAAAAAUAACGAAAUACAAAAGCAAAAACAAUGUAUUUAUAUUUUUAGUCAAUUUGUUUUAAAACCUUUUUAUACAAUAAAUUAUUUGUUAUUAGCCAUAUUGCUGCUGAUUCGAUGUAAAAUGAACUCAUACUGUAUUUCUGUGUAAAUAAAUACUAAUUAUUUUUGCAAUAAAUGCAAAAUAUAUGUUGUUGUUGUUGUAUAAAAAUGCAAUAUAAAUCGUUAAACAAAAUAUAGAUAUAUAUGUGUAAAUUAUACAUUUAUUAAGUUCAAAGUCUCUUUAUAGAAGUCACGUCUCUCUGUGAUACAAUUUUUAAUGUUAAUUUUACUAAGAGAAAAUUUUAUAGAAACAAAAUAAUAGCGGUAUAACAAAGCAAAAAUGCAAGAGCAUGCAAUUAAAAACUAACUACUAGAUGUUAUUCGGUAAAAAUGUAAGCAAAAACAAAAAAAUUAAAAUAUAAUAAUAAAAGAGAAAAUAUGAAAAAUUGGCAAAAAUGAAUGAAUAAAAAUUUAAAAGAUAACAACAAAACACGAAAAAAAUGUUCACUGAGCAACUCAUGUAACUUGAUAAGUGAUAAGAAGAAGAAGCAUGUCAUCAAAUCAUUGUAGCAAAGCAAUCAAACACGCAUUCAAACAUACAUACUCACAAGCUUAUAUAAACAUAGUUGUAAAAUUAAACAUUCAUGUGUUAAUCAAAAUCACCCAUAGCUAGCACACACACAUAGUAGCUAUACAUAUGUAUAUGUAUGUUAUGUAUACAUAAAUAACGGCAUUAAUACGCGUAUUAAUACGCUAGAAUAAACUUCAGCUUCCAUAUUCUCAUAGUUGACUUUCAAAUUUCUGUGCAUAUGAAACAAAACGUAAGAAACUGCUAACUCUUCCACUUUCUACGAACUAUAUAAACUUGCGUGUGCUCUACAGGGUGGUGCAAGGGCAAAUUUGUUCAUAAGCGAAGUUAGGUGAGGAAAUUUUUAAAAUGUGAUGCAAUGUGAUGUAUAUGUAUAAAUUUAUUUUAUACAUUAUUUCUUCAUAUUUCAUUCAGCGUAUCUGUGUGCCUACAAUUCUCAUUUGGUCUAUGAACAAAUUGUUUGAUGUUAGCGCUGACUAUAUGAAUGUAUUUUCCUUUUUCACAAUGAGCUCUGAAGUGAGUUAGGCAUUCUUUUGAAACCUAUGAUAAUUCCUUUACUACAAAAUAUUAUAUUACUAUUCAUUGAAAUUUUCAUUCUGUCAACAUAAAAACGAGUGUUGGAUUAUGUUAGGUCAUAGUAGUUCUGAAAAUUAUCGAAACACGUUCCUUUAACUUCGAAAACGGAUCUGUUAUCCCGAUGCACAGACAAUCAACAGCACCGCCCAUGUAGUUAUCUAUAAUCUAUGUAUAUUCGUGUGGGUAUGGAUUUGUCAGAGAAGUCAACUAAUGAUAACCUCCUUGGGUAAGUCUACAAAAUAAUAGCGAAAGAGUAUGAGUAUUGGAUGUUUGUUUUCAACCGGUCUUUUAAAGUACGAAAGUCCUUAAAUUCAUAACUCUAUGAAACCCUCAUUACUGGCUUUUUUCGAAUAUACCGAUAUAUUGAUUAGAUCCUCGUAAGCUUAUUCUCUAUUCCUCACUUUAUCCAAUAUGCAU